GGACCUACAAACAGAGAGGGAGCCGUUCUCUGUCUUUUGGAGCAACAUGUCUGGUUGUUGUACAGAGAUGCUAAUUAAAAGCUGUUAAAUUGGAAAUUCAGACGCAGGCGAGCCUCAUGGACAGUGAGAUGGUUUCUCAAGAAACAAAGGACGUGGAGUGAUGCAAUGGCGCUUGGGGAAGGCUCUAAGAAGUCAUUUUCAUGUGACCAGGGGGUCACAAAUGCUUCUCUGAGGAAUGAGGUAGAAGUUGGUACACAAGCUGUGGCUCCACCCAUUAGGAAGACUCGAUCCUGCAAGUGUCUCCUGGCCUUCCUCAUCACAUUCAUCAUUAUUCUCAUUGUCGCUGGAGCCACACUGGCUUGGUACUUCCUGGAGUACAGGGUUUGGGUGUUGGAGCCUCGUGUCGAGCAGCAGUACACAGCCUACCUGUCCAUCCUCAACAGGAACUUCUCUGCUGAUUUGUCCUCUCACAACAGCCCUGCAUUCAAGAGAGAGGCCAAAGGAGUACAGACCAUGGUAGAGAAAAUAAUAAAAGGCUCGAGUCUUUCUCGAUACUACAACCACACAAAAGUCUUCGCCUUUGGGGAGGGGAGUGUUGUGGCUCACUUUUGGAUAAUGAUGUCUGUGCCAGACAGCCAUGUUGGGAGGGUAACACUGGAGAAGGUCACCACGAGCCUGAAGGAGGGCCUGAGGAAGUACAGAGGGUCAGAGGAGGAGAUGGCCAGCUUUGAUGGAUACCUCCUCCACCUCCCUUCACUGUCUGUCAGUGAAACCAACUCCAAAGUUAUAGAACUUUUGAAAGCUUCAUUUGACUGUUACCGCUACCAGAAGGUGGUGUCCAGGAGCCCCGUGGCUCUCCUUGGCCCCAACACACAGCGUUCCUCCUGCCUGUGGCACCUCCAGGCCGCCCCCGGCUCCCAGCUGGAGCUCCACAUGGAGUGGCUGCUGCCAGAGUGCGGGGACAGACUGGUGGUGUACAACUCCCUCACCCCCACCGAUACUCACCUCAUCACAUCUGUGUAUGGCUGCAGCAGACAUGAGCGUGUGGUGCGUGUCCUGUCUUCAGGCGAGUGGAUGACAGUGGUUUGGAAACAGGGUCUGUACAACUACAAGGACCCCUUCUCUUUGUCUGCACAGGCCUGGGAACGCCAGGACUGUAACUCCACUAUAGAGCUGAAGGAUGUGUCAGGGGUCCAGGGGACACUGAGGACACCUUUUUUCCCCAGCUACUACCCCCCCAACACCAACUGCACCUGGAACUUCAUUAUGCCCAGUGCUGGGAUGGGCCUGUCUCUGGAGUUUGAGGGCUAUGAGCUGAGCAGAGCUGGCUACAACCAAGCCUGUACCCAGGGACAGUGGAUAAUUCAGAACCGCAGACUGUGCGGUACCAGGGGUCUGCAGCCCUACUGUGAACGGCUCCUCCUGCUCUCUACCACGGCCACUGUUGUCAUGACGUCCGAGGUAUCGCUCACGGGGCCGGGCCUUCAGUUACACUACAGCGUUUUCAACCUAUCAGAUCCUUGCCCAGGCCAGUUUCUGUGCACUGUUAAUGGCCUGUGUGUUCCUGCAUGUGAUGGAAUCAAGGACUGUCCCAAUGGACUUGAUGAGAGGAACUGUGUGUGUGUGGCACAGUACCGGUGUCCAGAAGACAGUCAGUGUGUGGACUACUACAAGGUGUGUGACCAACACCCGGACUGCCCUGAGGCCACAGAUGAGAUGAACUGUACUAAUGGUGUGCAGUGCACAGAUAUGACCUAUGUGUGUGCUGACGGAACGUGUCUGAAGAAGCCAAACCCAGAGUGUGACUCUGUUGCCGACUGCCCCGACGCCUCGGAUGAAAAACAGUGUGACUGUGGCCUGAGGCAGUUCUCCAGUCGUAUUGUUGGUGGGACUAAUGCCUCAGAGGGGGAGUGGCCAUGGCAGGCGAGCCUGCAGGUGCGGGGUACCCACAUUUGUGGGGGGGCACUUAUCUCCAGCCAGUGGGUGGUGUCUGCCGCCCACUGUUUCUAUGACGACCGUCUCUACUCCCCCUCAGUGUGGACAGUCUACCUGGGUAAGCUCCUCCUCAGCCGCAGCAGCCCCACAGAGGAGGUGGCGCGAGUUCAGCAGAUCCACCUUCACCAAUAUUACGACAACGAGUCCCACGACUAUGACCUGGCCCUCCUGAAGCUGGACCGUCCCGCCUCCAUGCUGUUGGCUGGACAUGCUCAACCCGCCUGUCUACCCCCGCCUACCCACCAGCUGGAGCCGGGCCUGCUCUGCUGGGUCACUGGAUGGGGGGCUCUCCGUGAGGGGGGCAGCGCCAGUAAUGAGCUUCAGAAGGUGGAUGUUCGACUGGUCAGUGAGGAAGCAUGUGUUCGCUCCUACGGCCACCUGGUGACUCCCAGAAUGCUUUGUGCUGGUUACCGCAGUGGAGAGAAAGAUGCCUGUCAGGGAGACUCUGGUGGUCCCUUGGUUUGCCAAGAACCAUCGGGUCGCUGGUUCUUGGCCGGGGUGGUGAGCUGGGGCAAAGGCUGCGGACGUCCAGACUACUAUGGCGUCUACACUCGCAUCACCAGACUCACUGACUGGAUCAGGCAGGUCAUCAGCACUCCCUGAGUCACUGAGGAUCUUCAUCAUCCUUACGUCAAUGUCCUCAUCACUCCGGUGCAAACUAAAACUUUAUCCACACGAGGAUAAAAAGCACUGGCAGAUGAUCUGAGAUUGUUUCUCAGCCAAACAGCAGUGAAGUUUGAAGGGCUUUAACGUCAUACAGUGAUAAAGUAGAUAAUAUUUAUGCAGCACCUUUCAGAGCUGAUUUUAUCAGGUGUUUAUUCAGCAUAGAGUUAAAAGACAAAUGCCAAAUAUGGCAAAAUGAAAAUGAGAUGUUGGUAAAAAUGGUGAUAUGACUCAAAUAAAAGCUCAAAAUGAA